AUGGAAGUCAACAUCUAUCGUGCUCCUUACACGAAAACACAAAGUCCAGAAGAAAUUCGUUAUUGCCUUCCCAAAGCACUAUGUUACGAGUGCAUCGCAGGGAUUAAACUUUACAGACAAUCGUUCGCGGGCGAUCGCAAAUCGGGCAGAAUUGGAAUGUGUAUCAAGAAGAUGGGAGCAUUUGCAGAGAAAGACUUGAUGGCAAUGCGAGACUGGCAUGACGAAUUCCCUAAGUCGUCUGCAUUAAAGGAUCUGGCAGAGUGGAUAAGAGUGUCUAGAUUCGUAAGAAUAUCUUUGCCUAGUCCACUUAGCUACUGCGCAACGGUGAACAUGGAAGCCUCCGCAAAAAAAGGAGACGGUAGACAUUGA